GAGGCGGAGCUGCGGGCGAGCUUCCCGGAGCCGCCGCGCGGGCCGCUCACGGCCUUCAGGAAGGAGGCCUCCUUCGACUGGCGGCGCAUGAAACUCGCCUACGACUCCAUACAAGCUAUUAGAACAAAGAACAAAAUAUGGAGUUUCAUGGAGGAGCACCCACUGUUUAAACAUGCGGAGGCCACCGCGACGCUGGACGAGCAGAGACACAUGGCCACCAAGCGCAUGUAUAUCAUCCACAACGCUGACCUAGUGCCAUUGGAAGAGAUAGCCAUGCACCCGCGGCUGUUCCAAUCCUUCACAGAGGCCAUGUUCAUGUUCGACAGCUCGCUGGCCAUCAAGCUGUCCCUCACCUUCCGCAUGUUCUCCAACACCGUCCGCGGCAGUGGCCGGGACCACCACUUUCCACUCAUUGAGGCGAGCGACUCGGGCCGGAUCGGCGGCUGCUUCGCGCUGACGGAGCUCGCGCACGGCUCCAACGCGAAGGGCAUGCGCACCACGGCCACGUACGACCCCGAGCACGAGUGCUUCAUACUGCACUCGCCCGACUUCGAGGCCGCCAAGUGCUGGGUCGGCUCGCUGGGUAAGUGCGCGACGCACGCGAUCGUGUACGCGAUGCUGGUGUCGAAGGGCGAGAACCACGGCCUGCACGCGUUCGUGGUGCCGGUCCGCGACGCGCGCACGCUGCGGCCGCUCGCGGGCGUCACCGUCGGCGACCUCGGCGAGAAGCUCGGCCUCAACGGCGUCGACAACGGAUUCGUGAUGUUCGACAAGUACCGACUGCCGCGGGAGGCCGCGUUGGACAAGUUGGGCGGCGUGGACGAGAACGGCGACUACCGCACCCCCUUCCGAGACCCCGCCAAGCGCUUCGGUGCCUCGCUCGGCAUCCUUUCGGGUGGGCGCGUGCACAUAACGUCGAUCUCGACCAACUACCUGCAGAAGGCGGUAGUGAUCGCCGUGAGGUACUCCGCCGCGAGGAGGCAGUUCGGGGAGGAGGGCGCCGCCGAGGAGACGCCGGUACUGCUCUACCAGCAGCAGCAAAUCCGGCUGCUGCCGUACCUGGCGGCCACGUUCGCGAUGCGCGUGUUCUGCAACUGGUUCGGGGAGGCGCACGUCAAGAUGUCCAUCGAUAAUAUUAUGGGUUCAGAGAGUGCGGAGCUGGCGGCGGCGCGGGGCGCGGAGAUGCACGCGCUGUCGUCGGCCGUGAAGCCGGUGUGCGGCUGGGCGGCGCGCGACGGCAUACAGAACUGCCGCGAGUGCUGCGGCGGACACGGGUACCUUAAAGCCGCCGGCAUCGGCGAUCUUCGCGACGACAACGACGCCAACUGCACGUACGAGGGCGAGAACAGCGUGCUGCUGCAGCAGACCAGCAGCUGGCUGCUCGGCGCGUGGGGCCGGCGCGCGCGGCCGGGCGCCGCCCGCUCGCCGCUCGGCUCCGUGCGCUUCCUCGCCGGCGCGCGCGCUCUGCUGGCCGACCAGUGCGCGUGGCACACCGAGGAGGAGAUCGUGCGACCUGCCAACGUGGUACACAUGUACGAGUGGCUGACGACCUACAUGCUGAAGCUGACCGCGGAGAAAGUGUCUCGACUCGAGAGUCAGGGCAAGAGCAGCUACCGAGUGAGGAACGACUCGCAGUCCUACACCGCUGUCACGUUGUCAGUGGUCUACGGGGAGCAUUUCAUCUUGAAUCACUUUUACAAAACGGCGCUCGCGUUCGAAGAUGCGGCGUGUAAGGCCGUGCUGCUAAAGCUGGUGGCGUUGUACGGCGCCUUCAUGCUCGAGAGGCACAUGGCCACUUUAUACAUUGGCGGGUUCUUCUCCGCGAACCAAGGCUCGCUCCUGCGGGAGGGGAUCCUGUCGCUGUGCGCGGAGCUGGCGCCCGAAGCCGUGUCUCUAGCCGACACGCUCGCGCCGCCCGACUGGUGCCUCAACUCUGUGCUCGGAUAUGCCGACGGCGAGGUGUACAAGCACAUCCGGGACGGCAUCCUGACGUACCCCGGAGCCCUGGAGCGGCCGCAGUGGUGGCGCGACGUCGUGCAUUGGGACACCUACGUUCCUUCCAAACUGUAGACACACACACACAUACACACGAACAGACA